CUGAUGUCAUCUCCGGUUGUGCAGCAGCCAUUUUGUCAAUCCGAGGAAACCUUUCCCGCUCCGUGCGUCCGAAACCGAGCCACUUCACAACAUCCGAAUUUAAAAAAAAAUAAAAGCAACACUGGAAAGAACUUCCUUGUCAGAAAAACAAGCCUCCUGCUGUUUUGGUUUCCUCUUUGUUUCACUUUAGCCCCUGUCGACCGCCCCAGCGAGGCCUCGGCUGGUAGCCACAGCGGGGAGGGUGGCUGUGUGACAUGUCGAACGAGGAGAGUUACAAAGCCAUUAUCCGCUACCUGACCAACGAGAAGGAACCUUAUGCGCCGGGGACCGAGGGCAACGUCAAGAGGAAGAUCCGCAAGGCUGCCGCCUGCUACGUGGUGCGGCGAGGGACCCUGUACUACCAGAAGAAGCGCAAGGACCGCGACGAGUUCGACGAGCUGGAGGUGGUGCUGGAGGCCAAGAGCCGGCGGGAGCUGAUCGCCUCCUUCCACCAGAGCGCCAAGGGCUUCCACUUGACCCGGGAGCAGACCUGGAAGAACAUCUCCCAGAACUACUGGUGGAGAGGUAUAUUUAAGCAAGUGAAAGACUACAUCAGGGAAUGCAUUCAAUGCAAGGAGAAGGUCGAUCGGAACAAGUCAGUAUCUGCCGAUACGAUGGAAAUUCUGGAGCAGUUGGGAAUAGAUACUCCAGUAGUGGAGGAUAGCAAUGAAACCGACGAUGAUUUAAGUAAUUCUGAGGGAAGAUCGGGUGCUCCUCCAAGGCCUACCAGAAAAAAAAACAUCUCAAAGCAAGAAUUGGUAUUUGUGGAUAGCAAGGGACUUGUAAAACAGGAAUCUGAAAAGCACUGUCAAGUAGUGCUAGAGCAAUUGAACGUUCAAAGACUGUUGAACCAAUUCUGUGAUGUCACCCUGCUGAUUGAGGGAGAGGAGUACAAAGCACAUAAGUCCGUUCUCGCAGCAAGCAGUGAAUAUUUUCGAGAACUCUUUAUCGAAAAAGGGGCAGUCUCCAGUCAUGAAGCUGUUGUUGACCUUUCAGGGUUUAAUAAGACAAGUUUUUUGCCGCUGUUGGAAUUUGCCUACACAUCAGUCCUGGCAUUUGAUUUCUGUCACAUGGCUGAUGUUGCCACAUUGGCACGGCAUCUGCUGAUGCAUGAAGUUCUGGAGAUAUGUGAGCAUAUACACAAGCAACUGGAGGAAAGAAAAAUUACAGUGUACCAGAAAGGAGAUGUGAAAACUCUCAAUUCCAGAGACAACACACAAGAUGUGGAGAUUCCAAUUGAUAAUACUGUAGAACAUCAGGAACUUGAAACUAAUGAAAACACUGAUGAUGGCUCCAUAACAAUGGUACUUCAGGAGUCUGAACAAAUUCCUGUAUCUGCUGAAGGCCCUCCACCUAGCAGGGAAGAUGAGACCUUGAAUGAAGUAGCAAUGCAUGAAUCGGAAAAGACGCAGACAGCUGAAGAACUAUCAGUUCAGCAAAGUCAAGGUAUUCAGGACUGCCCUGCAGGAGGCAGUAAUGAUGAAAACCAGGCUAAUGUUAAUGAACACCCUGAACCUAUGGAGUCUAGUGUAAGUGUGCCAGAGCAGGAAAGUACAGAGACGAGAGUUGAGAAUGCGACAGAAACUCCCACAGCUGAUACGCAGAUGGAGAUUCCAGCUGUUAAUGGAAAUGAGAAUGAAAGUCAAGUAAAGGAGGAAUCUGCAGAUAUGCUCAGUAGUAAUGUGUCAGAUGUGCCAAAACGAAAGCGUGGUAGGCCACCAAAAUUACAUGACAAACAGAAAGCUACAAAAGUUGCUGUUGCUUCUUCUAAAUGCCUUUUAGAUGAUACUUAUAAAAGCAGAUUACAACAGCGUACGCUAGCUGAAGGUGGAUACAUUCGGUUACACUUCUGGCAGCUCAUUUCAUACAUGCACCACCCUCUGUGUGAAUUGCCUUAAUCUGUGCUGCCUAGUUUUGGACUUUGUUUUUUUGCACCCCCACACCCUGGAGGACAGACCAUGUUGAUUUACCCUAUCUAUGCCUGUCAUGAUUUUAUAAACCUGUAACAUUACCCAUCUGCCUCUGACACUGCCUGAAAAUAGCCCAGCCUAUCCAGCCUUUCCGUAUAGCUCAAACCUUCCCACCCUGGCAACAUCUUUAUAAAUCUUUUCUGAACCUUUUCACAACCUCCUUCCUGUAGGUGGGUGACCAGAAUUGCAUACAGUAUCCUAAAAGUGGCCUAACCAAUGUCCUGUACAGCUACAACAUGACCUCCCAACUCCUGCACUCAAUGCACUGACCAAUAAAGGCAAGCAUACAAAAUGCCUUCUUCACUAUCCUGUCAACUUGGGACUCCACUUUCAAGGAAUCAUUAAUUCCCGUCUGAUCAUGAUCCUGUUGUAUUCUGAUUUUGCGAGGAAUAAUUAGGACACCACAUCUCAUUGACUGAAGUGUCUAAAUAGUGUAGCUAAAGGAGAUCUGAGGUUACAGGUCCAAAACUUGUCAUGAGAACUAGGAGGCAUAGCUUCAAAAUAAGGGGGAGUAGGUUUAGGACUGAGUUGAGCAGGAACUUGUUUACCCAAAAGGUUUGAAUCUGGAAUUCACUGCCCAGUGAAGCAGUUGAGGCUACUUUGUUCAAUGUCUUUUAAGGAAAAGACAGAUUUUUGAACAGUGAAAGAAUUGAGGGGUAUGGUGAGCUGGUAGGUAUGUGGAGCUGAUUCCACGAACAGGUCAGGCAUAAUUUUAUUGAAUUGCAGAGCAGGCCAGAUGGUUGCCGCCUUCUCCUGUUUCUUUGUCUUAUGCUGAUGCAACCUGUAACAUCCUAGGAGCACUGAAGCUUAUUUCUAAAUGGUUAAAAUUGAAAAGCAGGAGAAGCUAUAUUAAACUUGUAAAGACUUUUUUUGUUAAAUCAAUCAUGGUGUAUCAUAAAUGCUUCUGGUCUCUAUCAUAAAAAGAAGAGUGUAAAAGAAUUGGUCAAGAUAGCUCCAUCUGGAAAGACAAUUUUUUUUCUCUUUAUGAAUGAGAAGGCUAAGGGACUUGACACUCAAAGGUUUCGAUAGAUAGGCUCAAUCUUUUCAGCUCUGGUUUCUCACUGAAUGUAGUGAAAAUCAGUAAUACUUCAAAAAAGGAAUUCUGGAAAUGCUUCUUUAAUAGUGGUGAGAAUGUGAUACUCUGCCAUAAGGGGUGGUUGAAGUAAACAACAUGGAUGCAUUUAAAGGAAGGCUACAUGGAGUGGGGCAAAAGAAGCCAGUUAGAUGAAGGAUGGAAGAAUUGGCUUGUGUAGAGGAUAGAUUGGUUGCAGCUAAAUGACCAAUGUCUGUGCUGUAAAUGAUUUAUAAUUUUGUAAAUGGUGUACAUUUUAAUAAUCUUGCAUAAUUUUCAUUUCAUGUUUUUAUAU